GUUCCUCCCGUUGAGGACAAGGUUCCUCACGCUGAGAACAAGGUUCGUCACGCUGAGGACAAGGUUCCUCACGCGGAGGACAAGGUUCCUCACGCUGAGGACAAGGUUCCUCACGCUGAGGACAAGGUUCCUCACGCUGAGGACAAGGUUCCUCACGCUGAGGACAAGGUUCCUCCCGCUGAGGACAAGGUUCCUCCCGCUGAAGACAAGGUUCCUCCCGCUGAGCACAAGGUUCCCUACGCUGAGGACAAGGUUCCUCACGCUGAGGACAAGGUUCCUCACGCUGAGGACAAUUCCUCACGCUGAAGACAAGGUUCCUCUCGCUGACGACAAGGUUCCACUCGCUCACGCUGAGGAAAAGUUUCCUCCGGCUGAGGACAAGGUUGCUCUCGCUGAGGACAAGAAUCCUCACGCUGAAGAUAAGGUUCCUCACGCUGAGGACUAUGUUGCUCACGCUGAGGACAAGGUUCCUCACGCUGAGGACAAGGUUCCUCACGCUGAGGACAAGGUUCCUCACGCUGAGGACAAGGUUCCUCACGCUGGGGACAAGGUUCCUCACGCUGAGGACAAGGUUCCUCACGCUGGGGUUCCUUCGUGA